AUGGCACUGACCACCCCGGCGGGCUCCGAGAACGUAGCCCUGGAACGCAUUGGGGAGGAACUGCGAACCCUAACUGCCUCCAUGGUUACUAAAGUGGACCUGCAUAACUUCACCACCACCAUACAGGACACGUUGAGGAAGGAGAUAGCAGGAAUCAGGUCUGAGGUCACCGCCCAGGCAGGCCGCAUCCAGGCAUUGGAGCAGGCACAGGAAGCGCAGAAUAGCAAACUCACGGCGACGGAUACAGCAGUGGCCCGACAGGGCGAAAUGCUCCUUGCCAUGCGACGACAUAUCGAAGAUUUAGACAACCGGGGGCGACACUGCAACGUAAGAAUCCGCGGAGUACCCGAGUCUGAAGGUGAAGAAGACGCAGUCCUCACCAAGCUAUUCCACACGCUGCUGCAAGCGGCGACCCCCCCAACGCUUCGAAUUUGA